AUGGACCGCGCUGACUCCCAAAGCGCGGUUUCCACCAAUUCCACAGCGACAACGACGACAAGCUCUUCAAAGUAUGAGUCGCCGGAUGAUGAGCAAUUAUUAUGUGAUACAAAGGAAGAAUACCCGCUAAACAACUACCUACUGGAAGGUGUUCAUCAAGAAUCCGCCCAGCGAAGUCUCCUUUUAUGCCGACAAAAUUUCGACACUUCUUUCGGUUUUGCACUUCAAUCAUAUGUUUUCAAGCGGACUUCAUCGAAUAGUUAUGAGCGAAUCACAUAUGUUGACUACGUUUGUUCCGAUAGUCCUGCUGAUCGAUGUGGAAUUAUUAGGGGUGACAUGGUAGUGGCAGUGAACGAGAAGAGCGUUGUGACGGCUUCCCAUGCUGAAAUAGUGGAUUCAAUCGCUCAAUGCCUUCAAGUUAGUCUCGUUUUGGUAUUCAAAGACGUCGCGAGAAUCGUUGAACUCAGUAUGCGAUCGAUUCAACUGAAAUUCAUACUCGAUACGAAAAUGAGAGAAUUAGAGAUGUUGGAGGAGAAGGAGAAAGAGUUGGAGGCGUUGUACACUGAUACUACCAGCGAAGCCGACGACUCCGAAAUCGAGUCGACACUCUACGAACUGGACGAAGAGCUGAAAAAUGUGCAAAAUUCGCAAGAAAACGAGAAAAACGGCACAGAUUAUCGUCAUUUGAUUCGAAUUAACAGCAGUACUUCUGUGGGAACACCUCAAGUCACUCGUCUCUAG